UUUAGUAAUUUCAGGCUCUUCUACUUGAAAUGUGACCUGUCAUUAAAAAGGGAGCAAGCACAAGGACAGCAGUCCAUAUUAGCACAGCACAGAAAAACAGUUGUCUUGAGAUAUACCUCUCAGAGUUGAAAUGGUGCUAAUCUUUUGUACAUCAUUCUUUUAAUUUGCUUGUGGGUAGAUGUGGGUGAACUGUUAAGAGCCGUUUUUUAAGUUGAUAAGGGAAGAGAACCAACUAUCUUCAGGAGUAUUCCCUUCAAGGUUAGCUACUCAGUUACUGGGACAUAAUAGAAGAAUGUAAAGGAAGAGACAUCAUGGUAAGGGCUAAUGUAGUGAUAACUUAUAACACCAUUCAAAGCAGUUUAAUAUUUUCUUAUUCACCAAUUUCAGGGAAUGAAGAGGUCUCUUCGUUUGUUUUUUUUAUUUGACUGAAGUUAAACAGGUCACUCUCUUUGAACAAAAGUAAAACACUGGCAGCUGAUAUCUGUGGUACAAGCUGAGACUUGCCCAGCUGGGCUUAAAGGUGUUGCAGCACUCUUAGUAAGCGAGAACCAGCAGAAUGAGAAUCUGCCCGAAACAGAUUAGAAAAGACACACCUAAAGGUAAAAUCAACCUCUUUAAGCAAGUGCACAGCAUAAGACAAGUAAAUGCACCUAAUCAACUUACAGCAUAUUGCCAAGCACAUUGUAAUGAUUCAAUUAAUGUUGAAGGGCAAGAUGAAGAUAUUUUGGAUAGUUGUGCCAGAGAUGUGAGAAGAAAGUCAUUGUAGAAUAUAGGAAGAAACAAGGAAAAUAAAUUCUCAUUGGUCCAAAGUGGAGCUUUAAGGGAGUGGCCAUCUUGCUGUGAUUGGCAUGGUAGUGUGUGAGCUACUUGCCACUUGGUCAUUCUGGCAUUUUAUGGUAGAGAAUACAUUGAGUUUGGCUCAUGGAAAGAAUAUGAGAAGCUCACCUUAUUCUACCACAACUACAUUGGUUUGGCUGAUACUUGAGUGAAUCUGAGCUUCUCCUUAUGAACCUUUCUGUCAGCCAUUCUCCACAGAUAUCUUGCUAAGUGGAGCUGUGUUGCCAAAGACUGGACUUCAAUGCUGGUAGGCCAGCUACCUUCUAGUGUUCUGUAUUUGAUGAUUCUGUCUAGCCAUUUAAUAGUAAUUAAGUAGGAGAGAGAUUGCUAAGUCAUAUGGUAAAGGACCUCCCGUGUUGAAUAGAAAUGAUGAGGGAGGAUAUCCUUGUCCUCUUCCUGAUUUUAGAAGAACAUUUGGACUAUCAACCGAUGAUAAAGACCUACUCAGCAUGUGGAGAAAAAGAUGUUUCUGCUUUUUCCCCCAGACUCCCUCCUCCUGAUCCGCCCCCCACAGAGACCAUCAUGCAGACAUCAGAGACUGGGUCGGACACAGGUUCGACAGUGACUUUACAGACAUCUGUGGCUAGUCAAGCAGCAGUGCCUACACAGGUGGUACAGCAAGUACCAGUACAACAACAGGUACAGCAGGUACAGACUGUGCAACAGGUACAGCAUGUCUAUCCAGCUCAGGUGCAGUAUGUGGAAGGAAGCGAUACUGUCUAUACCAAUGGAGCAAUCCGAACAACAACUUAUCCUUACACAGAAACGCAGAUGUACAGCCAAAACACCGGAGGGAGUUACUUUGACACUCAAGGGAGUUCUGCACAGGUGACUACCGUGGUCUCAUCCCACAGUAUGGUGGGCACUGGUGGGAUUCAGAUGGGCGUCACCGGAGGACAACUUAUCAGCAGCUCUGGAGGAACCUAUCUGAUUGGCAAUUCAAUGGAGAAUUCUAGUCACUCAGUGACACACACCACUCGGGCCUCUCCAGCGACAAUUGAAAUGGCGAUUGAGACGCUGCAAAAGUCUGACGGUCUGUCCACUCACAGAAGCUCUCUUCUCAACAGCCAUCUCCAGUGGCUGUUGGACAAUUAUGAGACAGCAGAAGGAGUGAGCCUUCCCAGAAGCACUCUAUACAACCACUACCUGCGACACUGUCAGGAACACAAACUGGACCCAGUCAAUGCUGCUUCUUUUGGAAAACUAAUAAGGUCAAUUUUUAUGGGGCUACGAACCAGGAGAUUGGGAACUAGAGGAAACUCCAAGUACCAUUACUAUGGGAUUCGUGUCAAGCCAGAUUCCCCUCUUAAUCGUCUUCAAGAAGAUAUGCAGUAUAUGGCUAUGAGGCAACAACCCAUGCAACAGAAACAAAGGUACAAGCCUAUGCAGAAAGUGGAUGGGGUUGCAGAUGGUUUCACAGGAAGUGGUCAACAGACAGGCACAUCUGUUGAGCAAACUGUAAUUGCCCAAAGUCAACAUCAUCAACAGUUUUUAGAUGCAUCUCGAGCACUUCCAGAGUUUGGAGAAGUUGAAAUCUCUUCUCUGCCAGAUGGUACUACCUUUGAGGAUAUCAAGUCACUACAGAGUCUUUAUAGAGAGCACUGUGAGGCAAUAUUGGACGUCGUUGUGAAUCUUCAGUUUAGCCUGAUAGAAAAAUUGUGGCAAACAUUCUGGCGCUAUUCUCCCUCUACUCCAACCGACGGCACUACCAUUACUGAAUCAAGCAAUCUGAGUGAAAUAGAAAGUCGACUUCCGAAAGCAAAGCUGAUAACUCUGUGCAAACAUGAGUCUAUCCUGAAAUGGAUGUGUAACUGUGACCAUGGGAUGUACCAGGCUUUGGUGGAGAUUCUCAUCCCCGACGUCCUUAGACCUAUUCCUAGUGCCUUGACCCAAGCCAUUCGAAAUUUUGCAAAAAGCCUUGAAGGUUGGCUUUCUAAUGCCAUGAACAAUAUUCCACAGAGAAUGAUACAAACCAAGGUUGCCGCUGUAAGUGCCUUUGCCCAGACUCUGCGAAGAUACACGUCGCUCAAUCACCUGGCCCAGGCCGCCCGCGCAGUGCUCCAGAACACCUCCCAGAUCAACCAGAUGCUCAACGACCUCAACCGUGUCGACUUCGCCAAUGUCCAGGAGCAGGCUUCCUGGGUGUGCCAGUGUGAUGACAACAUGGUUCAGAGACUAGAAACAGACUUCAAGAUGACCCUGCAGCAGCAGAGCACCCUGGAGCAGUGGGCUGCCUGGCUGGACAACGUGAUGAUGCAAGCCCUGAAGCCCUACGAAGGAAGGCCCAGUUUUCCGAAAGCUGCCCGGCAAUUUCUGCUAAAAUGGUCUUUCUACAGCUCAAUGGUUAUUCGGGACUUAACCUUACGCAGUGCUGCUAGCUUUGGCUCCUUCCACCUGAUCCGUCUACUCUACGACGAGUAUAUGUUCUACUUAGUAGAACAUCGUGUUGCUCAGGCAACAGGAGAAACACCCAUAGCAGUCAUGGGCGAGACAUACCUUGUAGAUGAAAAAAAUGCUCCUAUCAUGGAACUCUUUAUAAGCAAACUUCCGAAUUUUGGUGAUUUAAAUGCUGUGUCUCCUGGAAAUCUGGAUAAAGAUGAAGGCAGUGAAGUGGAAAGUGAAAUGGAUGAAGAACUAGAUGACUCUUCAGAACCUCAAGCCAAAAGAGAGAAAACCGAGCUGAACCAGGCAUUUCCGGUGGGCUGUCUGCAGCCUGUUCUUGAGAGCAGCGUGCAGCCAAGCCUCCUGAAUCCAAUCCACAGCGAGCACAUUGUCACGAGUACUCAGACUAUCAGACAGUGCAGCGCCACAGGAAAUACUUAUACUGCAGUCUAAAGAAUAUUAAAGUGUAUUUUUCCAGCUAACAUAAACCCUGUUGAUAUUGGGCUUAAGUUGAAAAUUUAAUAAGCCUGAAGGUCGACUGUUGUCAAAUUCUAUCUGUGCUGAACAUUACCUUUUUGGAGUUGUGAAAUGGAAUGGGUGUAUGUAUUUUGCCAGGUCUUUUUUUUUUUUUAACGUAAACAAAUUAUUUGCCUCUUAAUAAUAAGAGUUUUUUUUUUCUCUUAGUUUCAGGUGUCAAGAAGGAUUUUUACAACACUUAAUAUUUUUGUUUUCUUAUAAUUAAAAGUAAUUUACAUUUUUGUAGCUUAAAAUAUUUUAUUGUUGAUUGUUAGUCUUGGUGUAUGAUUUCAUGUGUGAGUUUCAAUUAGAUGCACUUCUGUGAAAUAUCAAAAGAAAUGAAUUUCUUUGAUUUACACUGGAGGCAUGCCCAUUUGGCAGCAGAUGCAUCAAAUUUGCUUUUGAAAGGUGCUUUUCAUUGGGCAGAACCACAAGACACUAUUUUGAUAACAUUUUGGAGUAUGGAGAAAGAAUACAGAGCAUUUUUAUUAUAGUGCUAGAGGGUUGGGAAGGUCAUCUAUUUUUCUGGGAAGAAAAAUUGAGCUGUGCAUUUAUCAGUUCAAAGUAAAUGACAGAAUUUGCAAGAGAUUAUGCUAAUAUGUACAUAAUUUGUGUACAUAAUUAUUAAAUCAUGUUAAUGCAAGCUUCCGUUAAACAUUGAAUUUUAACUGUUAUUUGCAUACCAAUUCCUCUGUUUAAUGACUACUGAUUCUGUAUCUGGGACCACUGCACAGGUGCAUUCUGCUGUUGGGUGGGGCUGUUAGAGUUAGAGACUGAUGCUGAAAAAAAAUGACUUGACUUUUUUUUUUUAAGUGUACAUGCUACUUAUGCUGAGCUGGACAUACAGGAAACCAUUCCAUUUGGAUGACUUUCUUUUAUUCCAGGUCUUUUUUCCUAAUAGUAGUUCAAUAUGCUGCUAUUAUAAAAGAAAAUUUAUAGAAUGCAAGGAAUGUAGCAACCUGCAUAUCGUUAUUUCCUUCAAAAAUAUUUCCUGGUUUCUAAAGUAUGUGGAUUUAAAUUUUAAACAGAACCUGAAGGCAGUGUAACUGGCACACCAUACUGUUGCUUAUCCCCAGUUCUGUAGGAUUUGGAUAGGUGGCUGGAUGGAGCAGUGCCGUUGAAGAAUGUACAUCAGGGAUCAUCGUACCUCGGCUACAACAUGGUGCCUUAAAACAGAACUGAAGCUAAGGUUUAGUAAGGCUUGUUUUGUUCAUGUGAAUUCCUCUUCAAUCCAUUUGACAAGUUGUGCCUGUCAUUGUCAGAUUCCCGAAGUAAGGACAGGUUACAUGUUCUUCAAAGGAAAUUUAGGGCAAACAAAGCAAAACAAAAUGACAAAAACUCAAUUUCCCUCUUUGAGUGACUGCGAACCUAUUUUUUGUUCUUAGGGCUGAAUAUUACUUGAUUAUAAGUCAGAUUGCUUAAGAGUGUGGAAUAGCAGGCUAGUUUUAAAUACCAGCUUGUUACAUAAAAUCAUAUAUAUGUUAGACCGUUCUUAUCUAGUUAUAAUUUAAGAAAGAUAAAAUAAGUAGGUACUUAUCGAAGUGCAUCUUUUCAGUCUAAAUGUCUGUCUGUGUCUUGGUGUCUGUGUCCACAUGCACACACGAGUGUCCGGGCAGGAGUCAGCUGUGAAGUCAGAGGUGUGAUCCUAGAGCGGAUACACCCAUCCCAUUUUAAUUUACACGAAAAGCCAAGGUUCUUUUAAGCACUCAAAUUAUUAACAACAACAAAAACAGGCACAUCCAUUUAUUUAAAUAGUUCUUAAAAGCUAAUCAGCAAAAAUAAAUACAUAAAGCCAAAAAAAAAGGGGGGGGAGCACAAAAUGAUUUACAGAUUAUUAAUGAGGCCUAUAUUGAACUCAAGAGGUUUAUCUUUCCAGUUUUAUUGGGUGGGGACGGGGUGGAAAGAAGAGGGUGAGCCCAUCUGUAAAGUUCAAAUACCAAAUGGCUUAUCGGGUACUACGCAGUAUAUAGUUGCUCGAUUGCCUUAGACUACUCAAACAACUAAGAUCAACAAGUUUCUUAAGUAAAUGUUAAAUGUUUUAGAUGUAAUUGUUUAAAUUGAUUCAAAUUUUGUAUUAUACAACUCAUAUAUUCGAAAGUCUUUACUAGCUCAUCACCUUUAUCUAAAUAUCAUUUAAAUGAUCAUCCCCCUUUUUUCUCCCAAAAAGGCAACGAAUUUGUACCAUCACACAUACAAAAAAAGGCAAACAAGACACCUUGAGCUGCAAAGACCGUGUAUCUACUUCAUUGUGCAUUAGGAUACGCUUACCGUGCCAUCGUUUAAAUUUCACUUAGUAAGUGGCAGAUUUCAUUAUUCAGUCCCACAAGCACAGAAACAUAGUAACACUAGGAGAUAUUUGAACAUUUAUUUUGCAAUCGACUGAAUAUAUUAUGUAAAUGAGGUAAGCAACUUUUGUAGAGAUUGUAUGUGUGAGAUAAUGUAAUG